AUGGCCUCAGAGAGUCACCUACCUAUCGUUGAGCCUGAAGAGAGCCUUUCAUCAGUUAUCCCACAACUUGAGUCAGCAACUGCUGAGGAGAAUAUGCGGUUAAGAUGCCGCAUGUUAGAAAUGUGGGAUGCAUGGUCCAAUGGCAGGGAGCCACCCAGUACUAUCCCAGGUUUACCCGAGUUAAUCCCAAGGACGGGAGGAACUACCAAUGUCCCUAUCUCAGUAGCCAACCCAUUCAUGCCAUCUGGGUUCCCCACCAUGUCAACAAACUUCACUGGAAUGCCUUAUGAGGUUCGCCCCCAGGCACCAUCUUCAGUAAUACCAUCUACCGUGUUCACAGCACCACCAGCUUCUAAACAGGAGAGAGUCUUGAGGAAUCCUGAACAAGAGGAGAUAGUACGAAAAAUCAAAAGCAUUGAGCAAAGCCUCAAAAAUAUACAAGGCCUGAGUGAUCAAAAGAGCAUGUCAUAUGCUGAUCUGUGCAUGUUCCCUCACGUGCAUUUACCUGUGGGCUUUAAUAUGCCAAAGUUUGAAAGAUAUGACGGGCAUGGAGACCCGAUUGCUUACUUAAAACAAUACUGUAACCAACUGAGGGGCGCUGGUGGAAAAGCGGAGUUGUUAAUGGCCUACUUCGGAGAGAGCCUCAUCGAAAUCGCUUCUGAAUGGUAUAUAGACCAAGAUAUCUCCCAUUGGCACAUAUGGGAUGACCUGGCCCGGGAUUUUGUGAGGCAAUUCCAAUACAACGUGGACAUAGCUCCGAACAUAAAUUCUUUAUCCAACCUCAAAAAGAAAGCCUCGGAAAGCUUCCGAGAAUACGCUAUCAAAUGGCGUGAACAAGCGGCCAGGAUAAAACCCCCGAUGGAUGAAACCGAGAUGGUCAGUGUCUUCUUACAAGCCCAAGAGGCCGAUUAUUUCCAAAACAUGAUGUCUGCCAUGGGCAAACCAUUCGCGGAGGCCAUUAAAAUUGGACAAAUAGUAGAAAAUGGCUUAAAAAUUGGCCGUAUCUUAAGUCAAUCAGCUCUAAGAGCCACUUCCCAAGCCAUUCAGAGCGGCUCGGGAAGUUUAGCAAGCCGGAAGAAAACAAAAGAGGGAGCCAUGAUGGUUUCGAGCUUAAGAAACUCUCGGAGACCCCGUGAUUAUUCUGGUCCACCUUCCAGGGCCCCGCAACAUUAUUACCCCCACCAGGAUGCAGCCUAUGCUAUGGCCCCUCAUCCUUAUGCAGUAAUGAACUCUCAACCGUUCACCCGACCACAACAACAUUACAAUCAGAACAGAGCUCCACCUCCAAGAAACAACCCUCCUCACCAAGCUCCGUAUAAUCCCCGUCCACCAUAG